UUUAUUUUUUUGUUUCCCCUUAGACAGAGCAUAUAAUGUUUUCUUGUCCAUGUGAGCAGUGACAACAGUUGAUCUGGAUAGUUCUAUUCUUUUUUUGUUGCUUAUCCUUGUUAAUGCUACCAUUGCAGUAUGGGUGAAUUUGACACUGUACUAGUGAUAGAAGGGAGUAAGUGAUGUCUUAAGUCCGAAGCACACUGUUUACUGUUUGUAAUGCUAAUUUUUUUUUUUGGGGGGGGGGGGGUAAUUGCAUGAAUGGUCACUGAAUUUAUAACUUAAAAUCAACUUGGUCACCAAACUUUUUAUUUCUUGCAAGUAGUUCAUCAAAGUUCUAGAAUUGAUCCAAUUCCAUCUGAAACCCAAUGGCUUUUAAGGAAAUUGGACAGAAGGCUGUGAUGGCAUUCCAGUUUGCUGCUGCAAAGCCCAGUCAGCACCUGGUCUGCAACCCAUCCCAUUCAUUUGGUCUGUCAGCCUCAGCCGGAAAGACGGAUGUCAGAGCUGGGCAACCAUUAAUAUACAAAUGUUGUAAGGUUGGGGCAUGGUUUGAAAUAACGGCCGUUACAUAGCGUAACGGCCGAUACCCCAACGUUACACGUCGUAACGGUCCAUUACGGACUAUUACAUGGCCGACAGGUCGCAGAUUCGCUGAAGGCUUUCUGCUGCAGGCAGCAGGUAGCAGUGCUGCUUUCCCCCUCUCCCCAGUCCCCACACCCAUCUGCCAUUCAAAGGGUAAAAUGGAAAGUUACAAACUGACCUUGAAGAUUUGUUGGCCGAAGCAAUAAGAAGGCUUCGAAGCCUGAGAGUAGCACACCGAGCAGAUCUACUCAUCUUCGCACUUCGCAGCCUUCUAGGACUUAGGAAUUGCAGACUUGCAGUUGCAGCAGCUUGGCGAGUCACCGGCGACAGGUCUACAGCAGCUCUGCCGCCCCUGUGAGUCGCCGAUAGCCCGUUGGCACCUUCCUCCGCUAGUUGUCGCAGUCGCCACCAGCCAGCCUCUCGAUUUCAGCUUCGGAGCUUGGAGUCAUCGCUGCUUUGUGCUUCGCAGCCUUCGCUCCUUCGAGUCUCCUCCGAGUUCCCUCGAAUCCCUCCCCUCUCUCGGUCUGACUUGACUCCCAGGCCCCAGCGUAUGAGACACUCAACACUUAACACCCACAGCACUUAUCAUUAUGUUUUUUUUUUUAAAUUAUAUUUUGUUGUAAAAUAGGUUUGUUAAAUUGAAUUAAAAAAAAAGUAAUUUAAUAGAGUAAAAAAUUAGAAAUCAUUAAUAAUUAUGUAAAAUAAAAUUUUCUUAAUUUAUAAAUAUUUUAAUUGUAUUAUAUUUUUUGAAAGAUAAUUAUGAAAAUUAAUUCCAUGACAUAGCAAGCAAUUAUUAAUAGUAUAUAAUUAAUAUUUUUUAAGGUUAGUAAAUAAUUAAUAUUUACCAAUAAUAAUUGAAGCCUUUUUUAUAAUAAUAUUUGAAUAUCCACUACUGCAUUCACUAAUCACCAUCGUAAACAAAGCAUUAAAAUAAUGUAUGUACACAAGACAUCCAUGUGAUGGCAUUUUAUAUUAUCUAGGCUUAAUUGAGCUCUAUUUUUCACCAUUCUUAAAGAAUUCCAAGGAAUACUCUGCACAAUUAUUAUAAUAUUUAGUCUUAGGAUUUGCCAAACUUAUAGAAAUAAAAUUAAUUCAUGGCACCAAUUGGCUAACAUACUAUUUAUGUUAGCAGGACAAAGUGGUCAUUUUGAUAAAGAAGAUAUCAUAUUCACUCCCAUCUAUUGAAAAAAUAUUAAAUAAUAUUCAUAUUAUAAAAAGAAAAAAAAAUUAAAUAACAUCUGUCACCCAUUUUAUGUUACAUGUGUAUCUACUUGCCAUUUCUUGAGUAGGGUGGCCCUAUUUAUUAAUAUUUUUUAAGUUUUAAAAUAUUAUUUUGACCUUAAAUUUAAAAUUAGGUAAAAUAAAUGUUUACAUCUAUUUUUUGUUUUUAGUUAUCAAAUAAAGUAAAAAUUGAUAACUUAAUAAAAAAAAAUUAACCUAAUAGUUAAUACAUUAAUAAAUCUGAUUUUUACUAAUUACUACUGGAAUUUGUAGAAAAUUUUAAUUUUAAUCCAUAUACUGAGAAAAGGCUUAAAAAAUUAAAUAGUCAAUUUGUAAUGUAUGGAUCUCUAUUUGUGAUGCUGUGAUGUAUAUGAAAGUAGAGUAAAAAUCUUUUUCACCUUUAAAAUUACAAUGUUAAUUUCUUAUAGUAAUAAAUGAAAAUAAAAUCAAGCUAUAAAAAAUAAUGAAAAUAUCUUUUUAAAGAUAAAGGAAUAUAAUUUUUUGUAAUAAAAUAUCUAAUAUUUUAUAAUUUUGUUUAUUUAAAUAUAAAAAUAAUAAACAUUACUUAUUAUUUUUAAUCAUAUAUUAUACUUUAUUUUUACGUAAUAAGUAUUUAAAAUUAGGACUAUUUAGUACUUAUUAUUUAAUAUUUACUAAAUUACUAAUUAUAUUAUUCUUGUCAUUGUAGAAAGGUUGUAACUUUGUAUUUUCUUUAUGUUUUGUGUAGAGAUCAUCAAAUUAAUUGUAUCAAUAUGCCACGUGAUAGAGGAAAUGAAAACAUACCUAGUGAGGAUAUUGGAUGGCAUUUUGGUAUUGCGGUGGACGGUAAUAGACAUGUUAUUAUGUGUAAGUUAUGUGAGAAGAUAAUCAAAGGAGGCAUUACACGCUUGAAACAACACUUGGCACAUAAAAAGGGUCAAGUAGCUGGAUGCUCAAAUGUGAUCACACAAGUAAGAGAACAAAUGAUGAAACAUCUACAACAGUAUGCUGAGAAGAAAAGAGAUAAACAAAAAAGGCAAGAAGAAGCAGAAGCCCAAAUUAGAGGAGAUUUUGAGAAUUUGAGCGAUGAAGAAGACUUGGAAGAAGAGAGUAUGAGAUUUACUCGACAAGAAAGCAUACGAUCACAACAACAAUGGGAAGAGAGACAAAGAUUUCGAGCAAGAACAACUGGAAGGGGUAAUAUUUAUGAAGAGGGAGGUGGCUCUGGUAGUGGUGCUACCAGUGGUUUCAAUAGAGCAGGAACUCAAUCUUAUAGUGGUCGAGAAGCUGGAGGUUGUGGACGACAAUGGAUCAAUCCUGAUGCCCCUGAAGCUAGACUAAAGGCAAUGGAUCCUAUUUUAGAAAGAAGUAAGAGUGCGAAACAACCAAAAAUCAACACAAAGUUACUGAAAGGUUUAAGAAGUAAAUUAGGAAAAGCGGUUGGAAAAUUCCUAAUUUAUAAUCGUAUUCUAGCGAAUGUAGCUGACUCUCCAUUUAUGCAGCUUAUGCUUGAUAUUGCUGCAGAGGUUGGAAAGGGGGUGAAGGGUCCAUCACCCUAUGAGAUAUCUGAAAUUUAUUUGGAGUAAGAGUAUCAAGAAAUGAAAAAUUAUAUAGCUUCUUUUGCUGGAAUUUGGAAGGAGAGAGGUGUAACACUUAUGUGUGAUGGUUGGUCAGGACCAACUAGAAAACACAUUAUAAACUUUUUAGUUUAUUGCGAUAGAGGCACCGUGUUUUAUAAAUCAGUUGAUGCCUUUGAUGUGCCAAGCAGAACAGCUGAAUAUUAUUUCAGAUUAAUGGACGAGAUGGUUGAAGAAAUUGGAGAGGAGAAUGUUGUCCAAGUAGUGUCUGAUAAUGAAGCUGCAAUGAAGGCAGGAGGAAAAUUAUUAAUGCAGAAGAGGCUCAAUCUCCAUUGGACAGCAUGUGCAACUCAUUGCAUAGAUCUUAUUCUUGAAGAUAUUGGUAAGAAAAGUAACGUGAAGAAGGUCUUAGAAGAUGCAAGAACAAUAACCUCAUUUAUUUACAACCACACAUGGACAGUGAAUUUCAUGAAGAAAUUCACAAAUAAUAGAGAGUUAGUUCGCCCUGCCAUCACUCGAUUUGCCACAAAUUUCAUUGCUUUGGAGACUAUUGUCAGGCAUAAACAAGCACUAAGGGAAAUGUUUACAUCUAAUGCUUGGAAAAACUCAAGGUUUGGAAUGGCAAAAUCAGGCCCAGCAUAUGAUUCAAAGAAAAUUAUCUUAGGCAAAGAGUUUUGGCAAAAGGCCUCUGAUAUAAUUAAAGUGCCAGAACCCUUGAUGAAAUUUCUUAAAUAGGUUGAUGAUGAUGAAAAACCAACCAUGAGCUUCAUAUACGAGGAAAUUGAUAGGGCGAAGUU